AGUUUCGGGCUCGGGGGUUCGGGUGGUGGCCUUGCUUGGGGUGUCGUCGCUGGAGGGUGGGAGGAGCUGGGUCGCGCCUUUGAAGGGCGCUGGGGUCCUACCCUGACCCCCCUUCUUUAAGGGAUGCCCGGGUAUGUCCGUUCAUCACCCAGGAGCUCUCUGCUCACACAAUACCAGGGACGUUCAGAGCCAAAAUCAUCCAAACCCAUCCCAGCCCUGCCCUGGGUCGGCUCCACACCUGCCAGGCGCCAGCAGCAGCUCCAGGGAUGCUCACAGGAGGGGAGGGGGCCACGCCUGACCCCUGCCCCAUCUCCCACACCAGGUUUGACUACCAGGAGCUGCUGCACAACUCCACCUUCUGCAUCGUGCCCCGGGGCAGGCGCCUGGGCUCCUUCCGCUUCCUCGAGGCUCUGCAGGCCGCCUGCAUCCCGGUGCUGCUGAGUGACGGCUGGGAGCUGCCCUUCGCCGAGGCCAUCGACUGGGGCAGAGCUGCUGUCGUGGGCAGCGAGAGGCUCCUGCUGCAGAUCCCCUCCGCCGUGCGCUGCAUCCACCCGGAGCGCGUGCUGGCUUUCCAGCAGCAGACCCAGUUCCUGUGGGAUGCCUACUUCUCCUCCGUGGACAAGAUCGUGCACACCACGCUGGAGGUGAGCCCCCCACCCCGA